UAGGGCUUGGGAGGUCUAUGGGCUUACCUUCUUCAGUCCCACAUAACAUGGAGAAAAUAAAAACCCUAAUUAACAAACCAGCCGCUUCCGCUACGCUCCAGAGAGCUCUCACCCUUCCUUCACAAACACAUCUGCCAGGGUUCUUUCGAUCUCCUCUUCCACAUGGCUCCCAAAAGAGGUGUGAAGGCCCCGCUAGCAGCAAAGAAAAAACCUGAAAAGGUUGUGAAUCCUUUGUUUGAGAAGCGACCAAAGCAGUUUGGAAUUGGUGGUGCCCUUCCACCCAAGAAGGAUUUGACUAGAUUUGUAAAGUGGCCACAUGUUGUUCGUAUUCAGAGGCAAAGAAGGAUUCUGAAACAGCGUUUGAAGGUCCCUCCUGCUGUUAACCAGUUCACAAAAACCCUUGACAAGAACCUUGCCACACAACUUUUUAAGUUGUUGCUAAAAUAUAGACCUGAGGACAAGGCUGCUAAGAAGGAAAGGCUUCUUAAAAGAGCACAAGCUGCUGAAGAGGGGAAGACUGUGGAAUCAAAGAAGCCUAUUGUCGUUAAAUAUGGUCUUAACCAUGUUACUUACCUCAUUGAGCAGAACAAGGCCCAGUUGGUGGUCAUCGCACAUGAUGUGGAUCCAAUUGAGCUUGUUGUCUGGUUGCCAGCAUUGUGCCGGAAAAUGGAGGUUCCUUAUGCAAUCGUGAAGGGCAAGUCACGUCUUGGAGCGAUUGUCCACAAGAAAACAGCAUCAGUUUUGUGCCUUACAUCAGUGAAGAACGAGGAUAAAUUAGAAUUUAGCAAGGUUUUGGAGGCAGUCAAGGCUAACUUCAACGACAAAUUUGACGAGCACAGAAAGAAAUGGGGUGGUGGCAUCAUGGGUUCCAAAUCUCUGGCUAAGACCAAAGCUAAGGAGAGAGUCUUAGCCAAGGAGGCUGCACAGAGAAUGUCAUGAGCUUCUUCUAGCAAGCUAUUGGAGUUUGGACAGAAGCUAUAGUCGAAAGUAAUUUUCUUAGAUUAUUUUAGCUUUUGUUGUUCCCCUUUGAUUUCACUAUUGUUUUUGCGAUCAAGUUUUGGAUUGAUUGGGUAGUUGAAAUAUUUUAUCAUGGGUAACAUGCCUGCUUUUGAUGGAGAGAUUGAAAACCUGCA